ACAGCAGCCAGUGGAGUCUGGUCUAAAAGGGGAAAUGGGUGCUGUCCCAUCAGCCUCAUUCUGUCCUUAGUCAGCUGCCACCUGCCCUCCUUCCUAUUUACAAACAGUCCAGUUGAUGGACAGUUAGCUUAGCUGUUAGCCUGCUCCUCCUUAUUCUCAGUGCUGGCAUUAUAGAGCUGUGAAGAGAAUAGGAUAAGAUCAAAUCUAGAAUGAGUUAACUCUGUCAUUGGCUCAGGCUCCACCUAGUGCUGGCUUCUCAGCCUUCCUCCCUACCAAUCUCAAUGGGCACCAACCACUGAUGACAGCAGCUCUCUACAUUGCAACAUUUUGUUUCAGCCUCCCCUCCCCACUCACGGUACCUUAAUGACUUGUACAUGUUUGUGUAUGUGUGUUUAGGCGCAUGAAUUGAGAAAAAGAAAUUCAACAAAGAGAAAACAGCAGAGAAGACAAAACAUUGACAGGCUGAGUUUCUGAAAGUGCAGCAGAAAAAGAGGGCCCUGUAAUUGGAUUAUGACAUAACUUGCAUUUUCCCUUGCUUGGCAAAUGCAGGACCUAUGUUGCAUACAUUCAUGGGCCUCUUGCCAAGUCUCGUUCCACCCACUGUUGAUGAGUAUAUAACAUUGCUUCAGAUAGUGACUCAAUGAAGCUUCAUGAAAGGAGGAGGAUGUGAAGUAACAGAGGCAGAACUCUGCAACAGAUCUUCUACUGAGAGCUCAGACAAGUAGGUUUCCAUCUCAGGACCCAUCUUGAGCUUGCUUGGCCUCCACUUGCAACCCUUGACCACCUCUCAGAUCAGAUAUCACAUGAUUAGCUUGGUGUUUCCUAGGACAGAUUAACUUCCAGGUGGAAGAUGUGGAUGCAGAAAGCUGGAUUUUCCAUCAUCUGAUUCUAAAAUUCUUGAGUGACACUGCUCUGCAAUAUGGCUUGUUGGAAAAGGCAAGUGGACAUGUCUAAGGAAGACGAAUUACCAUUCUCCGUGUCUUACUGUCAGACCCAAGGGGAGGAACAUUCAGACUACUGGAAGGAAGAUCUUCACAAUGGGCAAAUGCUUAUGGUUCUCACAGCUCACGAGUCCUGUUUUUCUACGUUUUUUGAUAUGAAUCUUUGGGUAGAGAGAUUGAAGACCAUGGGAAUUCAGGUGACAGCUGACCAGUGGAAAAAAUUGAUUCAGUGUGCAGUGCUAGAACCAGAGGUGAGAAAGCACCUUUUCUACAACUCCAGAGCAUUUGCGAUCUCAAUUGCUGUGGUUUUCUACGUGACCCUCUGGAUCAAUCUUUUUUCCACCCUGCAGAUAUAUUCUGUAGCACAAUCCUGGGAAAUCAGUAUUUUGGCCACUGCAGUUGCCCUAGUGGCUGCCUUGAUCGUCAGACUCACAAUUCACCAACAUCAAAGGAAGCUGAAUGUAAGUACAGACAUGAGACUAGCCGCUGCCAACGAAGCUUUCAUGAAAAACAAAUUCCUGGUGGGGUUCACAAAUAUGCCGGAGAAGCAAUGUAGUGUUCCACAGCUCUGGUUUGUUCAUUUUGACGUGGGGCCAUGCCUUCAAUUCUUAGCAGACUCUCUGGCAGAAAUUAAGAGGAAUGAGAAGUCUGCUCUGAAGCACAACCUGAAAGAACUCUGCAUUGUAAUAGAGACUCCCAUCCUUCCAAGUCAGGAAAAAGGCCUGGGAAUUUCUUCAGAAGAUUCUGAACUGCUGCCCGAGAGAAAGGACAGCACCCAAAGUGCCUUGGCAUACCGAGAGUUCCUCCAGCUUGUCCCAGAUGGAGCACCUGAGGUGAUGGCCCAUCAGCUAUUGGCAAUCUUCAGUGGCUGCUACAUCAGACUUCUGGUCAGUGGUCAGCUCACAGAGGUCGCUGCAAGACGACAUGUAUCACUCAACCACACCCCAUGCCUGUGCCAAUUCGUCGAGAUGACAGUGCUGGCAAAGAGAUCCUCUUGGUUCAAGCUGAGGUGACCAGUGGUGGAUGAUGUAGCCCUUUGCAUUAUGCACAGUAUUAACCAGAAUGGAGACCUAGAACUUGCAAACUGGGGGAAUUAUUUCACAUGGUUGUCUGAAUUGGCCACAGUGACACACACCUUAGUUAUGCACUAUUUGCAUUGCUGUAACAUGCUCUACAUAGGAUUGCCUUUGAAAAGUGCUCAAAAACUUCAGCUGGCUCAAAGAGCUGCCAGAUUGCUGUCCCGGGCUGGUUAUAUGACCUAUAUGGAUUAGGUCCAAGCUAUCUGAAACACCACAUUCCCUCAUAAGAACCUGCCCAGGUUUCGAGAGCUUCAAGGGAGAUCUUUCUCUUGGUCCCACCAUCCUGACAGGCAUACUUGGUGGGGAUGUAGGAGAGGACCUUCUUGCUAGCUGCUGCCAGACUCUGAAACUCCCUCUCCAGAGAAGCCAGGCUGGUUCCCUCGUGGUGUUUCUGCUGACAGGUAAAGUCUUGUUCCAAUAGGCUUUGGGAAGGUGACUGCUUUUAAUGAAAGGGCUGGUGCUGUGCUGUUUUUCAUUCAAGCUAUUUUUUAUUG